GCAAACCUGCAGUCAUCUCCUCCACCACCACCACCAAGCUCAACAACAGCCAGCUCGCGAAAAUAAUGAAGAGCCGCAGCAUGGCAUCAUCGGCCGCGCUCUUGGUGCUAGCCCUCGCGCUAGUGGCGGCCACCGCCCCACAGGUAGCGGAGGCAAAGAAGAAGAGAGCGGCGGAGAGCGGCGAGGCGGCGGAGGCGAAGAAGAUCCAGGACGACUUCUGCUCGACGCUGUGCGAGGGCAAGAAGGGGACGGACCUGGUCGUGUGCAAGGAGUCCUGCGCUCUCUCCCAGCAGUCCAACCUGGUGCUGUACGGCAGGAUCCAGUGCAAGGGCAAGUGCACCGAGCAGAAGGGCAUCACGGCGCCGGCCAUGAAGGUCUGCCAGGAGGAGUGCGACAAGGCGUACGUGGUGAAGGCGGCCGAGGUCACCAAGGCCUGCAGCGUCACCUGCGCCAAGGAGAAGAACCCGCGCCUCAGCGAGAACUGCAAGAGGUCCUGCACCCCUCCUCCUUCUUGAAGCGAAGCCCCUUGAAAUGAAUGAACCAUGCAUGCAUGCAUGUAUGCAUGCGCCGGGGUGACGUGGCGUUCAGCUCAGGCGCUGAGCGAGUCUAUACGUACGUCGUCACCGGCUGGCCACGCAUGCGAUAACCAUCUGAUAUGGACGGAACUAUAUAUUGUAUUCCUAUUAAUCUGGCAUUUUCUAAGCUAAUUGUUUUUUUUCCAAAUAUACCGUCGAUGGAACUCCAAAUGUAAUGUCACGCAAAUGUGUGUUUUUCAUCGAUUGAAUGGAUAAUAAUAAAAAGGCAUGCUGGCAGUUACUAC